AUGCCUGCCUACCACUCGUCGUGGAACGACGACGCACAAGGCGCUCGCCAAGUCGGCAACCUGGCCCUCCUGCCCUUCUCGAGCCGCAUCAGGGGAACUGCGCCGACGCCAGCCGACACGAACCAGCCCGACAUCAUCGACGAGAGCCUCGCCCUCUUCCGCCCAAACUCGCUCUUCCGCAACUUCGAGAUCAAGGGCCAGGCCGACCGCGUCCUCAUCUACCUCAUCCUCUUCAUCGGCGACUGCCUCGGAAAGAUCGCGCAGGCCCGCACCUGGACCUCGCAAGACGCCCUCAAGCAUCUCACGACGCACGCCCUCGGCCACUUUGCGCUGCCGGGCGAGCCGGGCUUCCCGAUGAAUCAGGUCUUCCAGGGCCCGGCCGCCGGCGACCGCGUGUCGAGCGACGCCCUGCGCGCCUACCUCGUCCAUGCCCGCCAGGAGACGGUCCUGCGCCUCGUCGAGCAGCACGUGUACAACCCGCAGGACGAGAGUACGGCGGGCGGGUCCAAGCCGAGCAAGUGGUGGAUGGCGUUCCAGAAGCGCCGCUUCAUGGGCAAGCAGCUCGGGUCGUGA